AUGGUUCGACUCUGCACUCUUUUGUUCCUUCCAACAACCUUCCUCUUGGUUCAACGAUCCUCGGCCAAGAAAUACUGCAAAGGUGAUAACAGGCACUCUGGAUGUUGGAUGUGCCCGGAGUCUGAGCUGGGGCAGUGUUGGCAGGGUGCCGUCGCGGAAAUUGACAAAUUGGAAAUAACUCAGGAUCUCAAAGCGACAACUGAAAAGUACUGUAAAGCAUUUGCCUCACUGGCCAAAUGCUGGACGACUGGCACCUGUUGCAGCGAAUACUCCCCCUUGCUGUCAGCUGCGACCAAUUUUUGCAACUUGCACACAUGGCCUGAGCAUAAGAUUGCAGAAGAUGAGCUCAAACGAAUUGUCGGCCUAGCCCAUUAUGUUCAGGACACGAUCUGGCAUAAUGACUCCGGAGUAAAUGUGCCGAAAUUGGCGGUUUCUGUCAAGGCAUAUUCUGGAUCCAGCGAGUCGGACUCGACCCCAUCGGACUCAUACGGCGCCAAAACUGACACGUAUACCACCAAGUCCACCCGCAACUCGAGCUCCCACAAGAAACCGGCUGAGAAACCUCAUCAUGUCGAUCACAAAGGGGAAGAGCGCAAAUCGAACGAGCCAGACGAUCACAGCCAUGACUAUGAUCACAGCCAAUACUUGGAUCACAGCCAAUACUAUGAUCACAACCAUGCGUAUAGUAACAAGCAGACUCUCAAUUUGAAACAGGUUCACUCAUCCCCCGAACUGAAGCCGCACGAUUCUCUGAGCAACAACCUUUCCACCAAAGUCAUUCUGAAGGGGACAAAGGUCCACCACCAAGCAAAGUGCGCGGUGAAGGCGACCAAGUGCCAGACUAAGACUGCUGACAAGUACCACCAGGCCCGAUCGAGCAAAACCAAGAAGAAUCUCUCUAAGCGCGUCGAGCAUCCUCUCACCAAACGUUGGUCGCACCACAAUCCCGACCUCUUCAAGCGCACAGCCGUGACCCCGGAAGGCUGCGGGAAUGACUUCCAAGGCGUGCCCUAUCCUACGAGGGUACCCGAGACCGUCGCCAAAGUCUACGCUGAACUUUAA